AUGGCCUCACAAGCAGCGUAUAUGGUUGAGAAGUUGGUAGGGCACGACGACAACGCCAUCAUUGAACAGGACGUGUCGAACUAUGAACAGACCGGUGACAAGGGCGAAUUAAUGCAAGCCUUGGUGUGGCAAGCAAAGGGCAAGGUUGAAAUCGUAAAGGUACCGAAACCCAAGAUUCUGGAAGAUAGAGAUGUCAUCCUCAAAGUCACGGGAAGCACUGUCUGUGGAUCCGACCUACACCUUCUCGAUGGCUCCAUCGUGCAGCUGUCCAAAGGCGACAUCCUAGGACACGAGUUUUGCGGCGUGGUCGACCAGGUCGGGUCGGGCAUCGCGCCGGGCAAGGUGCAGGUCGGCAAGCGAUACGUCGCAAGCUUUCAGAUUGCGUGUGGCGAUUGCUUCUUUUGCAAGAACAAGCUCUCCUCCCAGUGCGAGACGACAAACAGCAACACUUUGGCCAAGGCCAUGUACGGCGGGCGAACGGCAGGCAUCUUUGGCUACUCCCACAUUACUGACGACGUUCCCGACGAGAAGGCGCUGUACCUAUCCGAUGUGCUGUGCACCUCGUACAACUGCGUAAAGGACACCGCGGUAUAUGAGGGCGAUGAGGUGGCCGUCUUUGGUGCGGGACCCAUCGGGCAAAUGGCUGGCGUGUUUGCGCUACGGGAAGGCGCGUCCAAGGUCAUUUUCAUCGACACCGAGCCCCGCCUUUCCUUUGUCAAGGGGCGAUGGCCAUCCGAGCAUAGCGACAAGCUCGUCCUUGUUGAUUUCAAGUCCCUUUCGCACGGCGUCACGAACAAGGAGACUGUGGUGUCCAAGCUCAAAGAACUCUGUGGAGGCCGGGGCCCCGACGUCGCGCUCGAGUGCGCCGCGGGAGAGUACGCCAAAGGCUGGCUCCAUUGGCUGGAGAUCGCGGUGGGCGCGGAGAUGGACACGAGCGAGAUUGUCAAUGAAAUGAUUGAGGGCGUGAGAAAUUACGGCCGCUGUGGCGUGACUGGUGUUUACGUUGGAUACACGAACCACUUCAAUAUCGGGUCCUUGAUGCAGCGGGGUAUCCGACUGAUUGGCAAUGGCCAGGCGCCAGUCCACAAGUAUUGGCACGAGCUGCUGGAACAGGUUCAGAAGGGAGACCUCGACCCGUUGCAAAUGGUAUCGCACAGAGUGAGCCUGGACGACUUGGACAAGGUCUACUACAAAUUCCAGAAGCACGAGGACAGCAUGCAGAAGGUGUUUGUGGAAACUAAAUUCUCGUUUCCACGUGCCGCGGGGACUCCGGAGUUGACGAGGUACUA